UUAUUCUCCCCCACCCCCAAUUUCCGCGCCAAACAGCCGCAGCAGCUUGCAUUCCCGCCACUGAGCCCGUGGACCUGGGAGCAAGUUGGAAGCCUGGACUUGGAGAGGAGCAAUCUGGCGCUUUGCCUCUGUUUCCUAAGGGCCAGGAAAAGGAAGGAGGGAUUCCUCGCUUGAAGUCGGGCAGAAAGGCAAAGUCCAACAAAGCCUCAUCCCUAUCUUGGGUGCUUUGGGAAAGAAGAGAAACUCUCCUGCGGUGUCCACAAGCGACGCGCGACUCGGGGCACGGGGCGGGGACUCCAACUCGCUCGCUAGGCGACUUUAGUCUCUGGCCCUCCUAGUAGCCUUCCGGGUCGGGGUGGGAGGGUGGAGGGAGGCGGAUUAAUCCCUUAAUUACGCGGUGAUCGGCGUGGCACCUGCUUUCCGCCUGCCCAGCUCCCGGGGGACCCCGGCACUGGGGGGGUGGAGAGAGAAGGACGAGGGAAGGAGGAGGGCACGCGGAGGCACGCGCGGUACCCAGGCGCGCCGGGAGGAGAGCGGCACCGUGGCUGGGGCAGCGCGCAGAGGCUGUGGAGGGGCUUACGGCUCCCGGCCCGCGGGUCUCAGACCCAGGGGCUGGGUUCCGAGCCCCCCGCCCCGCUAUCAGUCGGGUCGCGCCAUGCUGCGCUACCUGCUCAAAACGCUGCUGCAGAUGAACCUGUUCGCGGACUCCCUGGCCGGGGACAUCUCCAACUCCAGCGACCUGUUCUUCGGCUUCAACUCCUCGGCGACGGCGCUCAACCAAAGCCUGCUGCCCCCGGGCGAUCCUUCCGUCAAUGGGUCAAGGGUCGGGCCGGAGGACGCGAUGCCGCGCAUCGUGGAGCAGCCGCCAGAUCUGCUGGUCUCGCGAGGAGAGCCGGCCACGCUGCCCUGCCGCGCCGAGGGCCGGCCGCGGCCCAACAUCGAGUGGUACAAGAACGGGGCGCGCGUAGCCACUGCGCGCGAGGACCCGCGCGCGCACCGCCUGUUGCUGCCCAGCGGCGCCCUCUUCUUCCCGCGCAUCGUGCACGGGCGCCGCGCGCGGCCGGACGAGGGUGUCUACACAUGCGUGGCGCGCAACUACUUGGGGGCAGCGGCUAGUAGAAACGCCUCUCUAGAAGUGGCAGUCCUCCGUGACGACUUCCGGCAGUCUCCAGGGAACCUGGUGGUGGCAGUGGGGGAGCCAGCAGUAAUGGAAUGCGUACCCCCCCGCGGCCACCCGGAACCUUCCGUGUCCUGGAAGAAGGACGGUGCUAGACUCAAAGAGGAGGAGGGAAGGAUCACGAUCCGUGGAGGGAAGCUGAUGAUGUCACUCACGCUCAAGAGCGAUGCAGGGAUGUACGUGUGUGUGGCCUCCAAUAUGGCAGGAGAACGGGAGAGUGGAGCAGCCAAACUUGUGGUCCUGGAGCGUCCCUCAUUCCUGCGUAGACCAGUGAAUCAGGUGGUCUUGGCUGAUGCCCCUGUGGAUUUCCCAUGUGAGGUGCAGGGAGAUCCCCCACCUCGACUAAGCUGGCGCAAGGAGGAUGGGGAACUGCCCACAGGCAGGUAUGAGAUCCGGAGCGACCACAGCCUUUGGAUCAGCCGUGUAAGUGCUGAAGAUGAGGGGACGUACACCUGUGUGGCGGAGAACAGCGUGGGCCGUGCGGAAGCUUCCAGCUCCCUCAGUGUUCACGUCCCGCCCCAGCUGGUGACCCAGCCCCAGGACCAGAUGGUGGCUCCUGGAGAGAGUGUGGCUUUCCAGUGCGAGACCAAAGGAAACCCCCCACCUGCUAUCUUCUGGCAGAAGGAGGGAAGCCAGGCCCUGCUAUUCCCCAGUCAGUCACUUCAGCCCACGGGGCGCUUCUCAGUCUCUCCCAGAGGCCAGCUCAAUAUCACUGAAGUGCAGAGUGGGGAUGCUGGCUACUAUGUGUGCCAGGCUGUCAGUGUGGCCGGCAGCAUCCUGGCCAAGGCUCUGCUGGAGGUAAAAGGAGCCUCCCUGGAUGGGCUGCCUCCCAUCAUCCUCCAGGGACCAGCCAAUCAGACACUGGCUCUUGGCUCCUCUGUGUGGCUGCCAUGCAGAGUGACUGGAAACCCUCAACCUAGUGUCCAAUGGCUGAAGGAUGGGCAGUGGCUGCAGGGGGAUGAUGUCCAGCUCAACCUAAUGGCCAAUGGUACCCUGUACAUCACCAAUGUUCAGGAAACGCACAUGGGAUUCUACAGCUGUGUGGCCAAGAGUCCCACGGGAGAGGCCACCUGGAGUGGCUGGCUUAGGAGGCAGGAAGACUGGGGAGGAUCACCAGACCCCCCUACAGAACCCAGUAGCCCUCCGGGGCCUCCCUCUCAGCCGGUGGUCACGGAGAUCUCCAAGAACAGCAUCACUCUGGCCUGGAAGCCCAACCCACAAGCUGGGGCCGCAGUCACCUCUUAUGUGAUAGAGGCCUUCAGCCAAGCUGCUGGCAACACCUGGCGGACAGUGGCAGAUGGCGUGCAGCUGGAGACCCACACCGUCAGCGGUCUGCAGCCCAAUACCAUCUACCUGUUCCUGGUGCGGGCUGUGGGAGCUUGGGGCCUCAGCGAGCCCAGCCCCGUCUCUGAGCCCGUCCGCACCCUAGACAGCAACCCAUCCAGGCCAGUGGAGGACCCAUGGAGAGGCCAGCGGGGCCUAGCUGAAGUGGCUGUGCGGAUGCAGGAGCCCAUAGUCCUUGGGCCCCGGACCCUGAAGGUGUCCUGGACUGUAGAUGGCCCAGUCCAGCUGGUGCAAGGUUUCCGAGUCUCUUGGAGGGUAGCAGGUCCUGAUGGGGGAAGCUGGACAUUGCUGGACCUACAGUCCCCAAGCCAGCAAAGUACUGUGCUAAGAGGACUCCCCCCAGGGACCCAAAUUCAGAUCAAGGUGCAAGCUCAAGGCCAAGAGGGGCUGGGGGCUGAAAGCCCCUUUGUGACCAGGAGCAUUCCUGAGGAGGUCCCCAGUGGUCCCCCCCAGGGAGUGGCAGUGGCCUUGGGGGGUGAAGGCAACAGCAGUAUCACUGUGUCCUGGCAACCUCCGCUCCCCUCCCAGCAAAAUGGGGUCAUCAAGGAAUACCAGAUCUGGUGCCUGGGCAAUGAGAGCCGCUUCCACCUCAACCGGUCCGCGGCAGGCUGGGCGCGCUCGGCGGUGCUCCGGGGGCUGCUGCCCGGUCUCCUCUACCGGACCCAGGUCGCCGCUGCCACUAGCGCGGGCGUGGGCGUAGCCAGUGCCCCGGUGUCGGUGCUGUUGCCGUCCCCGCCGGAACUGGAGCCUGGGCUCGAAGUGGGCCCGGGGCUGGCGGAGCGGCUGGCGCGGGUGCUUCGGGAGCCAGCCUUCCUCGCGGGCAGCGGCGCCGCCUGCGGGGCGCUGCUACUCGGGCUCUGCGCCGCCCUCUACCGGCGCCGGAGGCAGCGCAAGGAGCUCAGUCACUAUACCGCCUCCUUUGCCUACACACCUGCAGUGUCCUUCCCACACUCAGAGGGCCUGUCAGCAGCCAGUUCCAGGCCACCAAUCGGCCUUGGCCCUGCUCCUUAUCCAUGGCUGGCAGACUCGUGGCCCCACCCAUCUCGGAGCCCCUCAGCGCAGGAACCCAGGGGAAGCUGUUUUCCCAGCAAUCCUGAUCCUGACGACAGAUAUUACAAUGAAGCAGGGAUCUCCCUUUACCUGGCUCAGACGGCCCGGGGCACGGCCGCCCCUGUGGAGGGUCCUGUCUACAGCACCAUUGACCCAGCGGGAGAGGAGCUGCAGACCUUCCACGGGGGCUUCCCCCCACAUCCCUCAGGGGAGCCAGGCACCUGGAGCCAGUAUGCUCCUCCAGAAUGGAGCGAGGGGGACAGCGGAGCCAGGGGAGGCAAAGUAAAGCUUCUGGGAAAACCUGUACAGAUGCCCUCCCUCAGCUGGCCAGAAGCCCUGCCACCUCCACCCCCUUCCUGUGAGCUGGGCUGCCUAGAGGGGCCCGAGGAGGAGCUGGAGGGCGGCUCAGGGCCAGAGGAGUGGUGCCCACCAGUGCCUGAGAGGAGCCACGUGGCAGAACCCAGCUCCAGCGGGGGCUGCUUAGUCCCUUUGUCCCGAGCGGAAACCCCCUCUCCCACACCUUCCUAUGGACAGCAGUCCACAGCCACUCUCACCCCCUCACCUCCCGACCCUCCCCGGCCCCCCACUGACAUUCCCCAUCUCCACCAGAUGCCCAGGAGGGUGCCCCUUGGGCCAAGUUCCCCUCUCAGUGUAUCCCAGCCCACUCUGGGUAGCCAUGAGGGGAGGCCUGCUGGCCCAGGUGCUGGCCACACAGCGCCCCAUCACCUCAUCCCCAGCCCUGUCCCUGGUAUAGCCAGCAGUGCUCCAGGGAGAGCCCUGCAGGUGCCUGGGGAGAUGACUCCUCCACUUCACGGACCUCGUGCCCGGAUCCGGAAGAAACCCAAGGCUAUUCCCUACAGACGGGAGCACAGCCCGGGUGACUUGCCACCACCACCCUUGCCACCACCAGAGGAAGAGGCAAGCUGGGCUGUGGGGCUUCGAGCAGCAGGCAGCAUGUCCUCCUUGGAACGGGAGCGGGAGCAGAGUGGAGAAAGGAGGAUGGUGCAGGCUGGGCCCCUGGGGGCCCAGAGGGGCCCCCACCUGGAUGAGGAGGCCUGGCUCCCCUACAGCCGACCCAGCUUCUUAUCCCGGGGCCAGGGCACCAGCACCUGUUCCACAGCUGGCAGCAACUCUUCCAGGGGCUCUGGCAGCUCUCGGGGCUCCCGGGGCCCUGGACGGAGUAGGAGUCGGAGCCGAAGCCAGAGCCAAAGGCCAGGAGGACAGAAACGUGGAGAGGAACCGAGAUGACCUUUGAUGAAAUACCAGAAGUUCCAUGGGGAAGGGCUUGUCCCUGGGCCAGGAGCCUGGACGGGAACCUAUCCCCCUGGUGAAAGAGGGGGUGAGCAGAGAGGAGCAGGGAGUAGUCUCUUCCCUCUCGGCAAUGAUGCGUGGGGCUCCCUGAGGAACUGACUUAGAAGCCAGAGAGCCAGCUCUUCCCUUGCUAUCUGAGACCCAUUCAUAAAGAAAGACAAUUAAAAAGAGUCUGAUCAGAAUCCUGGGCCCUGUUUGUCUGGUUCUGGGCAGGUCGGUGGGGAGAAAGGGGGCUGUGAAUGUGUGUAUAUCAUUUGAAUUUCUUCUGUCAAAAGCAGUAGGUGAGAAAUCUAAAAAAAAAAGGGGGGGAUACAAAU